UCCAUAAUCGGAAAUCUCAAACGGGCUUUCAGAGCUGUUCUUCUCCAAAUUAGUCGCAGUUUGGAGAAAGAUCAACAAGAGGAGCUUCGUUUUUACUAUAAAGAGCUCAUUGUGACGGGAAAUACUGGAGCUUUGAGCAUUCUGUCUUCGUUAGAAGAUGCGGGAAAGAUCUCUUGGUCAGACGUAUCUUUUCUAAAGGAAGGUUUGCGUGAAGUAAGGAGGUUGGAUCUUGAAAGCAACUUGACGGAGUAUGAAAUCAAGAGAAAUUUGACAGUCCUUCUUCAUUCCUAUUCGAAAAAGAGGCAGGGGAUGGAGCCAAGCCCUCAGCUUGCUCCUGAUAUCGCGGACAACGCGGACAAGGUUAUAGGAUAUUUGUUAAUGAUUAUGACGAACAUAGAGCGACAUGGAUUCGAUGUUAGCAAGGAGGUCAGAUCUUUGGUGGAAACGAGGGAAGACAUUGAGAAUCUUAUGCUUGAGUUUGAAGAUGCAAGUGACCAAAAACUGUCUGAGUCAUGGAGUAAGUUAACUCUUCUUAUCGUCAUCAGCGGAGAAAUUGUUGCCGACGUGGCUUUGGCGAAUGAAGAGCAUCGCCAGAAGCAGGAAAUGAAGCUGCUCUCCACAUUGACAGAACAUCUCUACUUCCUAAUCUUGAGAUUGGGAAGCUGGGUGAGUUAAAGUGGAAUUCAGUUAGUUCAGUUGUCAAUGAUUUUACUAAUAUUUUCAAGUUUGGUUUAAUAAAUUGCAGCCGAUUUCGCGUAUUUUUAAAUAAUGGAUGAAUUCUAUCUAUUCCUAGAAAUUUACCUUUAUAAUUAGAACCCAUGCUCCGAGGUGAUUGGUUUUAAUGAAACACGUGACGGAAAUCGAAACGCGAUUGAAGUAGAUGGAAAGCGAACACGUUGGUUGUUUACCAUUUACCACAAAUUCCCGGAAAUUCCGGUUAGGAUGUAAAUCAGGCGGUGUGCGCACUGGUAUCGCUAAGCAUCAUGAGCGGUAUUCAAUAUCUGAUUAUUUGUGUCAAGAUGGCGAGGAGUGAACAUCUCGCAGGAGCAACUGCGGAGACGAAUAUUCGAUAAAUACGUUGUAGAAAUCAGCGAUUUGUCUUUAUGUUCUUCCAGAGACGUCGGUGAAAACAAAGGCUAUCGAAUUAUCGGGGGAAAAUAGUGUCAUUCCCUUUAUAAGUGUAUUUUGUUCGAAAUCACUCGCAUGCAGUCGGUAAAUCGAAGAAUUGCUCUAGUCAUGAAAGUACAGUGACCCAAAAGUGUCACGGCAAUUUCAAUUUUACUCACUCAAGCUUUAUUGAAGUAACGUCAUUUUUAGAAAACAAGAUUUUGACCAUUGGUUAUUAUAAUUUUUCAGAAACAGUUUUGCAACCAUGUGGAGGAACGAUACCGUCGUGUUUACGAUCAGGAGAAUCCAGUGUUGGAUGCAGACGUCAUUAACCUGACUGUCAAAAGGAAAAUAGAGGAGAUAGUCCACCACUUGAAAGAGACCACCUUUUUUUCGUAG